CUAGCUCCAUGUCAUCUUCAUUAACUUCAAAAAACUGUCGUGCUACCACUAUGUACGGCAGGAGAGCGUCGCCUAGACCCGCGGUCGCGCAUACAAAUCCGGCUGUUACUGAUGUUUCAGCCAGGAAUGCAACGACCGCGAGCGACGCUCAUGAGAAACAACACAAGUUAACGAAGCUGUUGGUGAAUGUAAAUAUUCAGAAUAGUUUGGGGCCAGUGCAAUUGGUGAUGUCGCCGGAGAACACCGUCGGAGAAUUGAUAAGGACGGCGAUUGAGAUUUACGUGAAGGAGAAGAGGCGGCCGUUGUUGAAUAGUAGUGAUCCACUCUGUUAUGAACUUCAUUAUUCUCAAUUCAGUAUGGAGAGUUUGAGGAGAGAGGAGAAAUUGGUGAAUUUGGGAUGUCGAAGUUUCUUUGUUUGUCCAAAAUCAAGCACUUAACACCAAGGAUCUUCACUUCUAUUAACAAAGCUUAUGGAUUUCGUUCUAUAGCUUCGUUUUUUUCAUAUUCUAAACUAGUUAUAUUUUUUGUUUUGUUUUUUUAUCUUCUUUUUUUUUUUCAUUUGAAUGUACGUGUCACCUUUCGGAUUAUUGAUGAAAUUAAUGCGUGUGCCCGAAUAAUGAAUA